GUCCUUGUCCUAGUGGAAUCCGUUCAAGCAGAGGCGGCCUCUGGCCAGGCACCCACAAAGUUUAUAGGCACUGCUAUUCAAAUGGUGCCUUGUGAUCGAUUAUGCAAUAUUUUAUUCAAGUUGGCACCCUACCUCUGACCCAAGAGUUGCUGCGUGCGUGGCUAUGAUUAUUAAGUUUCUAUGCCGCUCUUCAUCCGAGGAUCACAGAGUUUAGAAUAUAAAAAAACCAAAAAUAUAUAACAUAGUAACAAAAUUACAUAACAUAGUGGGGUGUUUUUCUAACACUAUUAGGAACCCUGAGCUAGAUUAAUGUCCCCAAACGUCAUGGUUUGUGCCAACCUACUGACACUUCACAAAGCUUCUUAACCAUUUUCGUAUGGAAAAAAGACGGGGUGUUGCUGCUCUCCCAAUCCACUAACUACCAGCACGCUUCAACACAAUGCUGCGCGCGGCAAGAGCCCAGGCUUUCUGAUCCAAGCCGCUUUCCGUACCGCUUCCGGGCAAAGCCGAGCACAUGCUACGAAGCGCCCACACGUGUACGAAAACUCCUGGGUCAGCCGCGCGUUGGCGCAGGCAGAUGACGAUCACAGACGCCGUAAAAGUGUAGACAUCCAGGAUGUGGAGGGAGGCGGAGGCGGCGCCGUCCUGGAGGCAAAAGCCGUCACGUGGCGUAGAGACCGGCGCGUAGGUCCGGGCUCGCGCCUUGCGUGGGUGGGGCGAUAAAGCGGCCAAUGGCGAAGGAGGAUAACCUGUACCCGAUGUGGGCGGGGCUGAGGGGAUUUUCUUCUUCCCUCCUUUAAAUUUGGAACGUACGGCGCGCGCUCCCUUCACGCCUAGGGGGAUUCCCCCCUCCCCUUCCCGCUCUCGCGCUCUCUCCCCCUCCCUCCUUUUCUCCACCCACACGCCUCCCUUUACGGCUGCUCUGCGCGUGCGCGUUGCUGCGACGCUCUUCCAGUCUUUCCCUGCGCCGUGGGAGGUAAGUGCUGGCUCCUGACGCGGGUGCGUGCGGCGCCCCCUCCCCCCCCCCCACGGCUUAGUCCCUCCGCUCAGCCGUUGGAGCCGUUGGCGGGCCGCUUGGAAUCCUCUCAGGCCAACGGCGAACCGGGCCGGACUGGUCUGGUGCAGACCCGGGUCCGAGGCGGCCGGCGCCUUCCCCUCAGGCUUCUCCGCGGCGCCGCCUGCUCUUCCCACGAGGCGGCCAUGCGGGGCGCCUCCCUUCGCGGGAGCUGGGGGGACUCGGGGCUGAGGAGAUGGAGGAACCGGGGGGCGGGGGCUUGAAUUUCCCAGGCCAGCGGAUCGUUUGCUCAGCUCUGUUUCUCUCAUUACCCGCUCUGUGAGGAAAACCAUGUUUAAAUUGGCCUGCUGACUUCCCCCCCCCCCCCGCAUAAUAACGGUGUAUUCCGCGGGGAAGCAGCGGUGCCCUCCGUAGAGUCGGAUGGGGUCCCCAAGGGUCAUCCAUCCCAACCCCUUUGCCGUGCAGGAUAGCCGGGUAGAUAGCGUUGGGCCUACACCACCUCAUAUCACACACACACACACACACACACACACACACCGACCAACCUGGUUAGGAGCUGUUCGCAGUCCCGGGGGGGGGGGGGUCGCAGCUUCUCCACCCAUGAUGGCCUUUUUGCUUCUUGGUCACGAGUGUUUAGAAUUACCCAAGAAGGAAAGGCAGCCAUGUUGGUCCCCAAGAAAACGGCUAGAAUUCAUAGUCGUCGUCUUCUUUGGCGAUCACUCGUAGCUGAUUAUCUUCCAUAAACACGGUUUUAACAAUGAGUCCGUAAGUGACUGUGGAGGCCAAUUCUAGGGCCAUCUCCAUUAGGACUAACCAAGAUGAGAAAACGCCCUAAUAAAGAUACUGCCCUAUUGCGGAUUUUGGAAUGUGUUUUGGGGGUUUAACAGGUAGAGGAGCUCAUUUGGCCAUUGUUUUCCCACAUUGGUUUCCGCUUUUGGUGGCUGGGUAGGUCAAAACGUGGCCCUGUGUGCUCAGUGUGUGUGUGAGAGAGAGUAAGAGAGUGCACACCUACUAAGCUUCCUUUUUCCUCUUAAGAAUUGAUGUGUAGGCUCUGUCCAAAGGUCGUCUAGUCAAAUCUUCCCAUACCUAGUACACCAUCCCCCUCUGUUGAGCAAUAGUGGGUACCCAGAUACCUUUAAGAUGCUCACAAACUCUUCCUGAGAGCAAUCCCGUUUGUCAUGCAGGGUAAAAUAAGCUCUGUAUCUGUUCAAAUUCCAUUCUCUUGUGAGAGUUUUAGUGAUACAGCAGCCCCAGCUGCUUUUGCUUCAGCUGCUUAACGCCUAUCUGCUGCAUUCCCUACCAGUCAUGGUACACCCUUACAGCUUUUAGACAGUGAUGAAACAGGUUCCUGAGAUCACUAAAUGAUAAGUAGACUUGCUUCGGUUGCCAGAAUUAUGAACCACCACAAAAUGCCUACUGUAAGCACCCUGUAUUAGUUAUCCCUUUGCUCUUUCACAUCACCUCUCCCCAUGCACUUCAUUUCUGGCUUGAGGGUAACUGCUGUGAUUGUAAUAUCAUGAAAUGGCUGUAGUUGUUGCCAAAAAGGCACUUCUGAGAGAUGUGAUUCUUCAUGCUGCCGCAACCAUCCUGUAAUAAGAAGCCCCAUUCGCUGAUAAUUGCUCAGUUGUAUACUUCACCAUACAAUCAGUGUGUGUGGGAAACAUGUUACAGUUAUAAUUGCUGUGGUGUGUAAGGGUAAAGGGACUUCUGACCAUUAGGUCCAGUCACGGACGACUCGGGGGUUGCGGCGCUCAUCUCGCUUUAUUGGCCAAGGGAGCCGGCGUACAGCUUCCAAGUCAUGUGGCCAGCAUGACUAAGCCGCUUCUGGCGAACCAGAGCAGCGCACAGAAACGCCGUUUUCCUUCCCACCAGAGCGGUACCUACUUAUCUACUUGCACUUUGACAUGCUUUCGAACUGCUAGGUUGGCAGGAGCAGGGACCUUGCAACGGGAGCUCAUCCCGUCGCGGGAAUUCGAACCGCCAACCUUCUGAUCAGCAAGCCCUAGCCUCUGUGGUUUAACCCACAGCGCCUGUAGUUCUCACCAAAUAGGAGCUGGCACUUGCCACUGUGUUCAUGUUUGAGUCGAAUGUGGGACAGUAGCACUUAAUCUUCAAUAAUCCCCCAAAAUGCUAUUCCACAGCUUCAGAAACCAAAUUUAUAAAUCUAUUGUCUCAGUUUAUAAAUCUUGUAAAAUUUGCAUUUCUUAUAAAUCUUGUAAUUGUAAUUUUGCAUUCCUUGUUACAAUUGUCUCCUGCAACUUUUCUCUCCCUCCUCUACCCGUGUCCUGGCUGAGCCAUAACAUGGCAGUUGGGACCCCUGAGAGUAAAAUAUUGCCCGUCCCAUCCCAUACUGCAGUCUUGAGCUAGCAUUUUUAGGAUGUGUACUCAGUGACCACAGGGGACAGCUAUUCCAUUUCACAACUCUGUCAUACUUGCAGUGAAGGUGGAGAAUGUUGAUAUGUUCAAUGCUGGGCUGAGCAUAGUACUUUCUGUAACAUGCUUCAUUAUAUUCGAAGUAUGGUUUGUGUUCAUCUGCAUAUCUAUUUAUAACACUCUUAAAGAUACAAGUACUUUAUUAUUUAACUGAUACAUGAAAUAACUGAAUUUAUUUCUAAAUUUUAUAGUAUUUGCCAGAACACACUACAUACUAUGGCUGAUGAAGUUGAUUUUACCACUGGAGAUGCUGGUGCUUCUGCCACCUACCCUAUGCAGUGUUCUGCACUCCGCAAAAAUGGCUUUGUGGUGCUGAAGGGACGUCCCUGCAAGAUUGUAGAAAUGUCAACUUCGAAGACUGGCAAGCAUGGUCAUGCAAAGGUAAUUGCUUGGUAGAGCUUUCUUGAGUUUUACUUUUGUUCUGGUAUGCCAACAUUGCUCUUCAAUGAAUAUCAGUUUAUUAAUAUUAAACAUUAACAUCAGAUUUGCCAGGUGCGUGGCCCAGUCUUACUUAACUUUCACUAUCUGCCCUCUCUUUGUAGUGCAAGUCUAGCUGGCUGUCCUAGUAUAAGGUUUCUGACUUGGGUGGCAUUCUCUGCUAGGGGAGAGCAUGGAAAGUGAGUCCCUCAAUAUAGUGCACACUGUUUGUUAGUAAAUUUGCAACCUCUCUAAAUACCUUUGUCUGAAUGAUGUAUCUGAUUCCAAGUGGUACAACUGGUUCAAUUCAGACGUUGCAUUCUUAUUCUCCAAAUCAUGGUUUGGAGGAUUACAAACAUCCUGGAAGCUCAUAUGCUCCUCUCUAGUUUUGCAUCACAAAUGGAGGGAAUCUGAUGGUGAGGGUGAGAAGGGAAUCAGUACAGAUCUGCAGCACAACCUGGUCCUCCCAGGUUUGGAACACGCCGGCAUUAAGCUUGUGAAUUUAAGUCAGAAAAUUGAGGUAGCUUGAGUUACUCAAGCCUCUCUUGGAGCUUGUGUAAUUUGUAUCUAAGCACAUGCUUAAGUUCAGAACUGUCGCCAUACGCAAAUAUGAUCUUGAUAGUUCUUCAGUAAGAUAUCUCCUUGGUAGAAGGAGUCUUAGAGGUGAUGGGCAUGCAUAGAUGACUUGAAUCUAGGCAGUUAGCAUAGAAGUUCCAUCCAAACAUCAAUUUAAAUGCUAACUUUUGGUUACAGAAAACUAUGUCUCAGAAUUCUAAGCUAUUUGUGGAGAUGGGUAAAUCAUUCAUGACUUUUCUCUCCUGAAGUAAGAUACUGUACUGUAUAGGCUAGCCCAGCCUUUCUCAACCUUGGGUCCCCAGAUGUUGUUGGAGAAGAACUCCCAUCAUACCUGACCACUGGUCCUGCUAGCUAGGGACGAUGGGAGUGGUAGUGUAGUUGUGUAGAGACAACUCUUCCCAAAGCUCAGUGCCUCCUUAACUGGUUUUGGGUCGGGUCAAAUGUUGCUGAGGGCUGCCAAAAACGGCUUUGAGGGUCGAAUGCAGGAUUCAGGCCAUGUGUUUGACUGUCUUGUUCUAGUCAAUGAUAGACUGUAAUUUGAGUAUCAUUAUAUGUGACUUCUCCUUACAGAACUGUUCCAGCUUUAGUCUCUGGGUGGAUGCAAAUGAAUUACUGUUCAUUGCUUUCUCUCCCCCCCCCCCCACCUACCCCAAAAUUUGUUCUUGGAACAUACUGUUCUUGGUAGCCUAAAUAUAUGUGCAUGAACAUUCUCCUAGGUCCACCUAGUUGGCAUUGAUGUGUUCACUGGCAAAAAAUAUGAAGAUAUUUGUCCUUCCACUCACAACAUGGAUGUUCCUAACAUCAAGAGGAAUGACUAUCAAGUAAGUCUACAUUUUAAUCUAUACAAAUAGAAAGUCCCUUCUGGGCAUAGCCUGAUGUCCUAUGAAAAAACUAUGCUUCCUUAAUUAAAAUGCCACGCCUUAAAUUACUUAGCCUUCCAAAGGACCCAUCGAAACAAGCUGGGUUUUGUAAUCUCGUACCUCUGACAUCUCAUUUCCAGUCAAAUACUUAACCCUUGGUGCAGCCACCGGACAACAUAAAAUGCCAUCAUUAGAGGGAGUGGAGAGAUUAUUACAAAUGCCAUCUAAUCAUCAUUAUGAAUUGAUUUUGUAGGAUGGGGGCCACCUUGAACAUGCUAAUAGAAAAGAUGGGAUACACAUACACUUAAUAAAACAAGUGGCCCUAAAUAUUCCCCUUGUGUCCAGACUAAGAUGAAUUGUUUCUGUCAGACUAAAAAUUUUGUGCAAUUUUGUUGUGCAGUUCCUUGCUUUGAUGUAUAUGUUUAAAUACAGAGCAUAGUGUAUGUUAGCAGAACUAUUUUCAGGUACUUUGCAGCAUUAUGAAAUAUCUCAUGCUGGGUUAAUAUGGUAGCAAUUUCUUCAAUAGGCUUUGCUAUAAAAUAUUCAGGAAUAUUUGAAGCAAAUUACAUUUGCAGAACAUCUGCCAAUAACAAUAUUUGGAACCACAUAUAAAAUUAAUUGGCAGUUUUAGAUCAUCUUACUAUAUUUUUCAGUUUCAAAGCUGCUUUUGCUAGAAAGUGCUACUGAAUACAGCAUUUUUAGCUUUAUCCCUUUAGUGACUAAAGCUGUGAUUCACACUGAAUAGAUCUUGAACUAAAAACUGUUGAAACUGGGUUCCGUGUAUUAGAAAUGUGCAAGGUUGUUCUUCUGUAACAGUGGCUCUCAAACGGUGUGGUGUGCCACAUUGAUAUAGUAGGAGACAAUGGCAAGUGUGGCAGAAAGAUUCCAGGACAGUCAAUAAAUAUAAUAUGUGAAUGAUUCAUAUUCUCAUUCACAUUGUUUUAUACAUUUUUAUUCUGAAAGUGUGGUCCAGAGAAAAAAGUUUUGAAAACCACUGGUCUAUAGCAAUCAGAAGCAAAAUGCUAAGUUCAGAAAGCAAUGCCCAUAUGCCAAUACUUUUGACUGAACUUCAUUCAAUUAUAAAUAAUAUUGAAUUGGAAUUGUUAAUUUCUUGCAGCUGAUCUGUAUACAGGAUGGAUAUCUUUCUUUGCUGACAGAAAGUGGUGAAGUUCGUGAGGAUCUGAAGGUGCCAGAAGGUGAACUAGGCAAAGAAAUAGAGGGGAAGUAUAAUGCAGGCGAAGAUUUCCAGGUAAAAUCUGAGGUUUGAAAAAGUCUGGGGUUUUAUUUUUCUUUUGACACCCAAGUUACCUUGAAAGUACUUUAUUGCUGCUAACGGUUGAUCUAAAAUAACUUCCUGGGCCUUAUUUUAAUGGGGAGAAAAGAAAGGGGGAUAAAGUGGAAUUAGUUUUCUAUUCUGAAAUAAUAAGUGGCUUAUCUCUUGUAAUUGCAGUUGGUUUUUUCUUCAUUCAUAUUAUUUGUUAUACUUUUUAAUUGCUUACUAACUGAAGGUCUCCAAGCAACUUGCAACACAUUUAAAAUAGAAAUACAUUAUACCUUCAGAGCAGAACGUAUCAGCCAUGGGAAGCUUUGGCAUCACACUAGUAACAAAAACCAACAUGUAAAUCUAGUGGUUCCUAAGUAGCUAAGUACUGUAGACUGCCUGUUUCUCAAAAGCCAAGCCAAGGUCCCCCUACUUUUGAAAAUGUAAUAUUUGUUACGUCAGUAGUGACACCAUACCCCGCAAAAUGUCCCAGCACAACUGUGAUGUGCGUCUUCUAAACAAGAGUAUAGCCCUAAAAAAAUGAGAUGUCCCGAGCAGUUGAUGAGCCAUGGACCCCCCUGGAUAGGUUAUGCAGACCUCCAAUUGGGAACCGCUGUCUCAUUUUGUAAAAAACCUGGUGCCAAAAUAAUUACAUGGAAAUGAUAUCAGUGCCCUCCUAAACUAGAUGAUCAGGAUAAGUUAAAGUUAUAUUCCUCAGCUUGUCUUUAUUAUAAAUACUUCUCCUUCCUAUUUUUCACCUGAACUCAAGCUACUAUUAUGUUAGAUUGGCUUAAUUAUGUGCUUUGUGAUUAGCUUUUUGCUGGGAGGUUGACUAAAAUUGGAAUACUGGUGCUAGAACCCAACUAUUGCCAUCACAACACUUGUUGUAAAUGUAAUAGCUGUUUUGUGUAUCCUAAUAAUGCUUUUUCUCUCUCCUUUAGGUAUCAGUCAUGUGUGCAAUGAGUGAAGAAUGUGCUGUAGCCAUAAAACCUUGCAAAUAGGACCAUCUGGAUUUGAGCAGCUGCUCAUAUCUCAGCAACUGCAGAUUUCUUAUUUUAGUUCUAAUUAUCACCAAAGCUAUAACCUUCACUAGCAACCUCGUGUCUUUGUUUGAAAAUAGUGCUGGCUAAUGUUGCAAGCCAUUUGGCAAUAUUAAAAUUGCUGAAGUUCAAGUGCUUACAGGAAUGGCAAGGCAGUCAAAACUGUCAUUUUAGAUCAUGAGGUAUUAACUAGUAUGCUUUGCUCGAAUGAGACUGUAUAGCAGUGCCAAUACCAAGGUAGUACUAAGUUUGGGUUUAAGUAAGAAUAGUGUUUAAAUUUUAAACAAAUGCAACAUUUUAAACAAAUGCGAAUAACCACUUUUAUCUUAAAAUAUGGUGAAAUGUGGCUUGCACUGAACUGUGAAUAGUCAUUGAGCUGGAGACAAGGGAACUCACGUGAUCAAAAUGCCAGUGCUGAUGGCCAUGUACAACAAACUUAUAUCUGUAGUCUUGCUGGCUGGCUCACUCUUAACAUGUCACCAUUUGCCUGUGAUGCAAACAUCCAGAAUAUUGGAUGCUUUCAUACUCUGGUUAAUAGUGCACAAAAGCUUGGGGGUGGGAGGGAGGGAGAGGAGAUUCACUAGAGGCCUUUGAUUUCAACAUGGAGUUCAGCCACUCUUCUAGUUUAAAAGAAGGGAAUGCCUCAAGUGUUUCAGUAUUAGGCAUAUUUGUUUUUGAUUUUAACUCUUUAGUUUUGUAGCACAAAUAGACUUUUUGACUUUUUAUUAAUGGAUCAAAAGUGCACAUACUAGCUUGUAUAAAGGCUUAAUAUGAGCCUGGUUUCACGCAACUGAAAUUAGGUCAUGGGUUGUACAGUCCCAAAAAGAACUAUGACAGAGUGCUCUAUCAAGUACAAGAACUUCAGCGCUGUGUUAAAGGGUCACUCUGACUCACAAUCUACUUGUGCAAGACUUGAUUACACUGAACAGGCAAAUGCCUAAUCGCUAAUAGACAAUUUGUCUACAUGACCUUCAAAUUUGUAAGAUCAUGCUUCUGCUUCAUUAGCAUUUUGCGGGACACCAACUUAACUUAAAUUUGCCUUAAAUAUUGGUAGCAACUGACUAACUUGAACUAGUGACUGGGUUCUUAAAACGUGCUUAGUUCAUUACUGGCAGCUUUUUGUGUGCAUAGGAAACAGGAUUUUGAGCUUCAGUUAGGAAUAUGGUUGCCCUUUAAUCAGUGAAGUUAGUUAGACAACAGGUGUAAAUGAACUGCAUCAGGGUCUAAUGGUAGGCUCUAUAUUAUAAGUAUCUAUGCAGAGAAGGGGCACAACGCAGAUUGAUUUGGCAAUAAACACUCGAACAAAGCACAGUCUUGAUGUAGUAAAUAACUACAUAUUUCAAGAUCUAGGGCUACUGGAAAGCUGAAGGAUUUUAGCAUAUUUAGUCUAAUCAUGUGAGUGUUCCUAGAUAGUUGAUUCUCAAUAUUCAUGGUUUGAAUGAGAAGUCUCAGUUUGAAACAUGGACUCAGCUAGUAUCAUUAGUCAUGAAUGUGAACAGUUUUGAGAAGUAAACUGGUGUCAUAGUAUCUGAAGAGUCCUACUAACAUCUUAACUGCUUGCAUCAUCUUAAGGACGUAUGCAACUAAAAUGUGUAGAGGCAGGUGGCUUUUGGAAAUGUGAUACUGAAGUGCCCUCUUAUACUUCGGAAAACAUACUGUCUUAAUUUCAACUUGACUUUUAGCAAUCUGGAACCACAGAAUAGACUAGAUGGGGGGGGGGGAAUCUGCUAAGUAGAUCUGUAUGGCACUCUUUUGCAUACAGGUUUUGCAAUGUCAUUUCACCAGUAAAAACUACAGUAUUUACAAUAAGACAAUAGCAAAGCCAUUUCAUUAGUAGAGAGCAGUCUCUACAAACCCACCAGGUUUACAAUAAACUAACUUUGCUAAUAAAAGCUUAAUAAUGUAUCUUUCAGGUUAUUUAAGCUAUUUCAGGGUAAUCAUGUUUCUCUAAAUUCACUUUUAAAUGGUUUUUACUUCAUAGUUGGAACAAAUUGUAUUUUGUUGGAGCAGGUGGAAGCUCUUCUAACAAGCUGUAAGCCAAAAUUAAGGCUGUUGAUAUGAGCAACUCAGUCCUGCUGCUGUUCUGUAAUGGUGCAAGCUUUCUUGUUUGGGUCCAUUGAUGUUUUGUUCAGUGUGCUGUAGGUUCUCUUGCCUCAGAUGUUAGGAACUUCUUUUUUAAAACCCAACUUUACCUCUUGAUGUGUUGUUGUGUCUUUGUUCAACAAAACCACUGCUAGUUGAGCCAUGACUUGAAUAUACUCUUCUCAGGGCUGCUCUUGUGAAGAAUUGAAAGAGCUUAAGUUGAUUAUUUUAACAAAGCUGCUUGAAAGUCUUACAGGGUUUUGUAUUCCAUAAAUUUAUAGCAUGCCUAUGAUGCAAGUAGAGUUCUAGUACAUUGAACCUUAGUCUAACACAGUCAAACAUUGUGACCAAGCUAUUCUAGUGACUAGAUGACAUGUUUGACUGCAGUAAGCUUUAAGUAUGGAAAUGUUGGCUGUGUCUGGAAACUUUCAUAGAACAAGCUGUGCUUAAACAUUUUAUCCUGUGUAAAGCAUAUGACUCUCUUACAUUAUACUCACAUUUCCACAGUACAACUCGGACAAUGAUCUCUGUGGCUUUUAUUUACAUUGUUUUAUCUAGGUCUUGUAGUGAACGCUCAUGAUCAGUGACUGUUACAUUAACAUAUAAUUGUAAACAACGUGUGGGGAGAAGGGGUUUUUGUAUUUGCCACAUACAGUAGCUCAGACAAGUAUGCAAUAUACCUACUGGCUAGCAAAUGGAUGCAGUGUUCAUUGUACAGGAGUGACUUUUGACUUUAAAAGCAAAACUUGAAAGGUUUGUAUUUUUUCUGCAUUUCUGUAAUAGCGUAUUCAUGUGUUAAGAGUUCUUGGCUUUUAACGACUGUUUUAUUGAAAAGUUUGAAUUAUGAUUUGGAUCACAAAUGAGAAUAAAGUUUGAACCUAAGUGCUACUCUCUUGACUUUUUCCCCUACAGCUGCUAAUAAAUGCCUUGUAUAUGCACUUCCACAGAUUAUGAAUUCUAUAAGGAUAUGGCCGUACUGUAGUUUCUUUAUUAAGCAUACAUCAUUGAUCACAAUCUCACUUGAAAAGGAAAGCUGCUGUGGAUUGCCCAAUAAAAACUGACCUGAGCAAAUAUAUUUGCUUGGACAGCACGAAGGUGCCCAAUAUUUCUCCCAUUGUAAAACAAGGUUGGGGAGGACCUGACACCCAAAAGCUAAAACUGAUUGAUAAUAUCUACUGCAUUGCAAAGAGGGGAGAGGUUUGGGGUUGGAAGGGGCUUCUUGAACCCCUGUAAUGUAGUCCACUGUUACUUCAAAGGUGGGCAGAGAUUUUUGGCCAGCUAGUAUUUGGGGUUGUCAUACAUCCAGAAUAGUUUCCCGGUGGAAAUCAGUCAAAUAUCCAGGAAAAUCCUAAGCAGGAAACCUUUUUCAAAUAAUAACAAUUGUGUUAAUUUAUUUUGGUUUUGAUUUGUUAAUUGGAAAAAAAUUUUAAAAUCCGGAUUUUCAUUUGAAAUAUGGCAACCCUAAAUAGUACUUGUCUAAUUGGGAAGCGCUUUUCCAAGAAUAGCUUGCUUGCAUUAAAAUGCGGGGUGGGUGGGUGUGGUGGAGCCUUGCGGCAUUUCCACACAGAGUGUGGUUCCAAAAAUCCAACAGCAAUUGUAGGGAACCUUGGGAAGAGGUGCCGCUCGGAGGUAGAGCCUCGCUCGGCAUUCAGAAGGACUCCAGUCCCAAGCCUCUCCACCCGGGGCUGCGUAUGCCCUCUGUCUAUUGCCCUGGAAAGCUGUUUCCAGUCGGUUCUUCCUCGCGCUCCUUGGGUUUCUUAUUUUUAUUGAUUAAAAUUGAAAAUCCCCC